AUGAGAGGUGACCUUUUAAUCGCGCUGCGGGGCACGGUCCUCCAUCCGAUCUCGCUUCUCGCUUUCCACGGCGUUCGCCUGAGGCGUCAAGCCCUCGUCUCGCUGAACCUGGUGGAGGCCUGCGGGAUCCUGGGACGGCUUCAAGACGAGUCGUCGGGUGAAGUAAAAGACCGAGGGACACGCGGAAAGCUCACAAAGGCAGGAGACACUGCGAACUCACCUUCUCUCUUCCUUCUCUUCUGUCUCCUCUCCACCAUCGCAGAAGUGCACGUGAGACAGCUGCAUGUGCUCCUACGCGACCUCAAACUUCUCCGUCUGAAACUGCAAAGCGCUGAAGCUCCAGAGCUCCAACUCCAGGGAGACAAUCCGUCGCUUCCCUCUUCUCCACCUCGUCGGUCUUUUCGUCCAUCUUCUCGUCCGUUUUCUCCUCCUCUUUUUCCACCGUCUGGCGCUCAGAGUGCGGGGCCGUGGCAGCUGCGGCCGCGUCUGCCGGUUGGACAGGGAAUGCUGUCUCUGGAGCUUUACUACGAAGCUCUGGCUUCCACAGGGACCAGGAAGUCGGCUUUCCGCAGGCGAAAGCGAAAGAAGAGUUUGAUCCCCGGCUCCAAAGACAGUCGAGACGCCUGGACUCUCGCGCUGUUGCCUGAGGCAUCGUCGGACGGUCCCCCCGUCUUCUCUUUUUUGCACCCGGAGAAAAACGCGUCCGCCUUCUUCGAUGACACACACGCGCCCCUCAAGGCCGACAGCGACGGCUUUGGCCAGCCGGCUCUCGGAGAUGGAACCUCUGGCCUCUCUUCCUCGUUCCCCUUCGACAACUGCGGAGACCUGGUCGCCCUCUCCCGAGACAGCGCGACGUACGGGUCCUUGCGCCGCAGUUCGACGUCCUCGCUCUCGUUUUCGGAUCUGCCGGGCGACGAUGGGGCGCGUCCGUCUCUCGGUCUGCAGUCUCCGUCGCCGUCCAAGUCGAGCGAAGCCUUCUCGCCGCUGCUCCAGCACGCGCCGUGGCCGUCGAGAGACGCCGAGGCCGACGAGGCAGCUGAGCACCUGCGCACCACUUCCUCGGCUUCCACCCUUCCCCCCGCAGCGCUCUUCGACAGGUACCCGGAGACCGCUGUCUCCACGCCGGUGCGAGACACCCUUUUCUCGGGGAAGCACUCGCAGAUUUGGAACUCUGGGCUCGAACUCCCGACCGAAGAGUACCCGAUCGGCGUCGCCGUGGACCCUCGCGUGGCGUCGCCGAUUCGCGUCGGCGGCCUGUAUGGACAGGGCGGCGAGAGCGAAGCCAGCAGAAAAAGCGACCGGCUCUCUUCGCACCUCUCGUCGCUGUCUCGGACGAGCUUGGGGGGGAAAGGGACGCCCGACCGCCUUGGCCUACAUGACUGGCGGCUCGUCUCCGCGUGGGGCGAGGACACUCUCGGCAGAGACGGGGCAGACGAAGGCCGACGCAGCGCAGGCAGCGCGCGCCUGAGUGUCUUGAGCUCGGGCGGCCGAGGCGCCGUCAGUGCGUUUCUCCGAGACGACGAAGACGUCGGGAGCCGGAAAGACCAUCUCUUGGACGAUCCGUUCUUCGACGACCGAUUCUUCUUGCCUCAGGAAGACAGCGGAGGCGGACCGGUGGAGGGGCGAGACACCGAACUCGCGGAGGCGAGGGUGGCCCGGGACGCGUCCUCGCUGCUCGCCCUCCCGUGGGAGACCGGCGGGAGAGAAGAGAGAGACGAGGGAGAACAAGACCGCGCGGCCAGGAAGCGACUCAAGGGCGAGAAGCAAGCACUGCGCCUGACGUGGGAUGCCCGAGAAGAGAGGCUCGCGUUCCUCACCUGGAAAGGGAGAGGCGCCAGAGAGUCGGAGUGGAGGACAUCCCUCGACGCGGAUCUCCUGAGUGCGGCAGCCAAGCAGGCAGAGCGAAUCCGAGAAGACGCCGAGGAGAGAGAAAAAUCCGUCUUCCUCCAUUCGCGCCAAAAGUCGCUCCACCCAGCGACGUGGCACACAGCAUGCUGCGCUCUGCACUUCGAGGAAGAACUGAAGAAACGAAGGGAAGAGACAGAGUGGGCAGAAAAACUCGCGACGACAGGUCAAGGCGACUCAGGCGGGAAGGCGAGCAAGAAAGUCAAUGGCGCCGAAGAAGACGACUGUCUCGACCCCCGCGACGGAGGCUUCCUUGCGGGGGACUUGCUUCUUCAGCGGCAUCUCUUCAAUUCGUUCGCGAGUCCAGCGCAGAUGCCGGAACUGCUGGCGUGCGUACGCGCAAAACGUGUCGCUCUUACGCUUUCCUGGGAGAUUGCCACGUGGCAAACUCGGUCAGAACGUGCGGCUGCCGCCAGCGGCUGGGCGUCGAAUCGCGGUUUUCGAAUCAGCACAGAAAUGACUGGAGAAGAGGCUCGACAGAACCAUGGGGGACGGCGCGUUCCGCUGGAGUCUAAAACGCGGGUGUCUUCUCUGGACGCGAACUUCCUCUGUUCUCCCUCGUAUGCGGAGAGUAGACGUGCAGCUGCAGGCGCAGAGGAGGGAAAAGACGGAAGAGAGCGAGGAGCGAGAGACGAACGCAGCGAACGUGGAGGGAUGCUGGCAACGCGCAGAGACAGCGCAGAGGUGAGGAGAGGUUGGUUCUCCGAAUUUCGCGACGAAGACCCGUUUUCAGACGAUUUCCUCAGACACGAUUUCUUCGAAGCCCCGGAUGCAGAUAGUUACAGGUCGAUUGCAAUGGACGGAGGCCACACACGCACACAAGGAGACAGCGGGAACCGAGACGAGACGACUCUCGCGCUACAACAAACGGAAAAAGAAAACGAACUGGGGCCUUCUGCCUGGCAUCUUCUGGCUGCAGUGAAGCAUCGCGCUUAUGCUGGCGCGUCGUCGCGGGAUCCCUCUGCACGCUACACGUCUGCUUCAUUCUCUCCUUCCCGUUUGGGCUCAAAGCGCGGCGAGAGUGAAGAGAAACGUUUAUCAGCGGAGGAACGGGGAGCGCCGCGCGUGUCGCUUCAGGCGGUGGUUGCAGGCCACAGCCGACUGACCGCUGCACGGGCGUUCCGAGACGCCCUGUUGCUGCAUGCGAAGGGAUUUAUCGGUUUAGAUCAAAGUCCCACCGAUUACCAGAUGCUCAACAGAGAAGAAGGCCGGUCGCAGGUCUUUCCUCCGGUUUACAUACACCUCAAGACCGAGACGGCCGAGAACACGACUCACGCGCCUCUUGCUCCUUCCACUUCAGCCCGUGCCGGUGUGCCGCCGCCUUCGUUUUCGGACUUUCCGCCUGACCAGGGUGAGAAUUCUUUGGGGGCCGACGCUUGCAAGAAGUCCGCGAGUGUGGGGCGCACGGCGGCAGAAGGCGAGGAGUUGAGGGUGGAAACGUGUGCAGUGAAAGAGGAGCGCGAGGAGACCGAAGGCGCGGCAGAGCGUCGUGGACGACGGCUCGCCCGUCCUGCGGAGGUCAGAAGAGACGCCGCGACCGGCAGACGCGUUUUCUCUGGCGACCGCGGAGCCUCAAAAGAGCCUUCCAGAGCGUGCAGCUCUGAGCAUUCGGGGGGGGGGGGGCCAGCCGUUGAGUGGAAAGGCAAUGCGGAGAGAAAAGAGAGAAGGGAGAGACAGGUGACGUGUUCGGUCGUUCGCUCGGGGCAGCUCUCGAAUUCUUUCCCGGGUAGGCCCGACGUUCGUCACUCGGGAGACUUUGACGCGUCAGGCGCGGCUAGGGUUCCCCGAGACAUGGCGGUGAAGCGGGAGGAGAGGAAGAGGCCGCUGAAGCGAGAACUCGUAAGGCAACAUCUGUUGUAUGAAUCAGACGAAGACAUUGUCGUCGAGAUCGAGGCCGAGGACGACCUUGAAGCGUGUAUCUCUGAGAGCCUGAAAAGAGGGCGUCAGGGGAGCACACCUUCGGUUGCUUCGACUCCAAGGGGAGAAGCCGGCAAACGACGCACGCCUCGCCGUCCGUCUUCCUCUUUUUCCUCGCCUUCUUGUGGAAGCCUAUCCCCUGCGUCCGCUUCGACCGGUCGUCAGCAGGAAAGAAGCUCCACACUCGACGGGGCUGCGCGUGAGGCCAGGGACCUGAGACCAACCGAGCCGGCGUCGCCGACGCAGCAAGAACGCGAACAAAAAGAGAGAGAUGACGAGAAUGUAGUCACCGACGAACAAGUGGAGGCGGCAGUAGAAACCAUGGUUGCUCAGCUCCUUCAUGGUCUCAACGAACAAGACAGGAUUCACUCUGGGCAUCUAGUUGACUGGUACAUCGAGGAGCACGUAGGGCAGAGGCUGCUGGAAGAAGAGGCAACCCGAAGAGACUCACUCGCAGGACAACUUGACCGAGAGAGAAACUCUAGGUUUCCUUGUCCGCGUGUUGCGUGUGCCGAUGUGUGGCGGCGGAGACUCCACGCUGCCCUAGACACACUCUUUGCAGAGGAGGUGAUCUGCGGAGAAGAGAUUGUUGAGUCCAUUGCGGACGACGUUCACGGAGAGACCGACGGGAAAGGGGAAGGGACGUCGAGGGGCCUCCCGUAUCGUCUGUAUUGGCUUACAGGGGUUGCAGCGAUUGAGGCGUUAUCUCAAGAAGAGGAAGGGUAG